AUGACUCCAUCACUGUCAUUACAAUCUUUAUCUGAAGAGGAUAUAUUGUACGCGAAGUUCCGCGAAGUUACGGCUAAUUGUCUUCUUCGGUCUGCAGGAAUGAGAAGGCAGGCGACAUCGUUGGACGAAUUCUAUCCGCCUUAUUCGAGGAUGGGAGCAAAGAAGCCGGGAACUACGGUGGAGAAGUCUAAAAAACAGAAGAUUAAGAAGAACAAGACUGAUUCAGACAUGAAGUUAUCAUCGAGUACACCGCACCUGUCGUCGCCAACUAGGGAGGAAAAAAUCAUAUUUCCGAAUAUAUCCGAGCCAACGCAAUCCUCUGGAAGCGACAAAAGCGACUCUGGUAUUGUGAAAGACCGACUGGAGCACAGAAAUUCAUAUUUGAGCGUUGAUGGUUAUUUUACGCCUAGGGAGACGAUGAAACGACGUAAAGAUGCGAACGAUACCAACUCUGACCAUAUUACUACUAUUGGACGCUAUAUUGUGGAACCCCACUUUAAACCUAGAACUGCCAAUGGAAUCCGAAAUCAAGUUGUGUCCGCUGAGAAAAGGACAUCCAGGGGUCACUUGUUCGACAAAGACGUUCCGGAGAUAGAUUAUUUGGAUAUGGCAAAACAAAAAUUGGAGCAAAUGAGUGAGGAUAUGAAACGAGCUGUUCGCGGCCGUGAGAGCGUCGUUAGUGCGUUGGGGGCGUCGAUGGUGCUGGUGAGUUCGCUUGGUCGCGUGCGUUUUGCAGCCGCCAACAACAUGGAAGGCUAUUCGCAUUCAAAUUAUUCAAGCAGUGAAGAUAGGGAGGAACGCAACGUUUUGAUAGGAUCACCACUUGCAACAAAUGCUCUGGGUGCUGGUGCUUCAUUAACAUCCCUGACAGAUGCUACCAGGGUUCAAUUUUCUCUAUCACAAACACCACCAAUGGUGGUGCCUCCUGUACAACCGUCCUUCUCGCCGAUACUACAAACUUUCAGCAAGGAGCAUCGAGGAGAGUUGGACAUGUCGGAAAAGUACAAUUACGAUCUGAGCAAAGCACAACUGAAAGCCAGCAGUAGGACAUCGGCUUUGUUAGCUGGUUUUGCAAUGGUCGCACUUGUGGAGCUGCAGUACGAUCCAACUACUCCUCAUUUCCUGCUGAUCAUCCUAGGCGUAGUAACCACCCUAUUGGUUUCUGUCCACUUGUUGGCAUUGAUGAUGUCAACUUGUAUACUGCCAUAUAUGGAAGCUACUGGUUGUACACAGGAUUCACCUCAUAUUCGAUUGAAAUUUUACAUCGACCUGUCAUGGAUCUUCUCUACAUGUAUCGGAUUAAUUCUUUUCCUUGUCGAAAUUGGCAUAAUAUUUUUUGUCAAAUUUAUAUCAGUCGAAUACGAGAUGGCUGGUUAUAUCACAACAGCAAUGCUCAUACCUGUUGUCAUCGUAUUCGUUGUGUUUUCAUAUUUGAUACACAAGAGCAGAGUGACGUUUACGUUGAACCGGUUCAAAGAUAAGGUCGAUACAAUGAAGCAAUUUCUAGACGUUGAAGCCCAAUUGCCCAAACCUCCAUUAGGACUUGUCAAAGACAUAUAAAUAAGCUAUUUUUCCAACGAUACC